UUUGUCAAAGCAUACUCAUCUGAUUUAUUUUGUCAUGUGUUUUUGUAGUAAACUUUUUUGAAUUAUAGCACCAAAAUGUCGAAAUUGCGUCCUAUAUUGAAUCUAUCCUAUUGCCGGUAUUACAGUGUAAAGCAGGCGAAGAAGAAAUUACCUAUAAUAACGUGUAAACGGCCGGAAUUCAAUCAUUAUGAAGGUCAGAGUUACAGUAAGUUUGACGGGAUUCCUCUGGCUUCAAAGGGUUGGAUGAGCAAAAAAUCCAAGAACGAUUUCUUUAUAAUUUACGGGAAUGCGAAUCAAAAGGAAGAAAAACCAGUUUACAAGAAGAGUUUCGAAGAAAUCGGUGUUUCUCCUGCUUUAAUUGAGGUUAUGUCAGAGCAAGGGUUUACUUUGCCGACUGCUAUUCAAACAAAGGCGAUCCCUUCUAUAUUAAGUGGUACCAACACUGUAAUGACCGCGGAGACUGGUUGUGGGAAGACUUUGGCAUAUUUGUUGCCAAUAUUCCAACAUAUCUUGGAGUGGAAGCCGAGCAUUAAAGAAGAGUUCAACAGUCCUUUAGCUGUUGUUAUAACUCCGAGCAGAGAAUUGGCUACACAAGUAGGAGAGGUGGCUCAAAACAUGGCCCAGCGUCUAAACCUAAACGUAACCACCCUUGUAGGAGGUCGCACGAAACAGAAAAUGUUGAACCCACCAAUAGAAUACUGUGAUAUUCUAGUCACAACGCUUGGUGCAUACAGCAAACUGGUUACAACCGGUAUUUUUAAGAUCAAUAACGUUCAUCACAUAGUUCUCGAUGAAGCGGAUACUUUGUUAGAUGACAGUUUCAUUGAAAAAGUUUCACAUUUAUUGAAGAAAUUCCCCAUUCAACACAAAGUCCAGAUCCAGACACCACCAGCGGGCUGUCAGAUAACAUUUGUGAGUGCGACCAUGCCUCACGAGCUGCCAGCAGCAGUGAAUUCCUUUGUAGACCCUGAGUCCUUGAAGACAGUCACCACCAGCAACAUCCACCGGAUACUGCCUCAUGUUCCACACAAGUUCAUGCGACUCGGUAAAGCCCAGAAACCAGUAGAACUGCUCCGGUUAGUUCAAGCGGACAUGAAUCAAAAUCGUCCAGUAAUGAUCUUCUCCAACAAGACGUCCACUUGCGACUUUGUAUCGAUGUUUCUAAACGAGAAUAAUAUCGAAUGUGUUAAUAUAAAUGGGCAGAUGGCGGUUGCUUUGAAAUUGGGCAAAUUUGAUCUCUAUAAAAGUGGGAAGGUCAAUGCUCUGUCUUGUACUGAUAUUGCUUCAAGAGGAUUGGAUACUUUAAGGACCCAACACAUAAUAAACUACGACUUUCCGCUGUACACAGCCGACUACAUACAUCGUUGUGGUCGUACCGGCCGUAUAGGGUCACCCAAGGACUGUCUCAUCACUAACUUUGUUGCCUGGCCUCGAGAAAUCGAACAGGUACAGAAAAUAGAACUCUCUGUUAGAAAACACAGUGAGUUACCCAGUGUCAAUGCUAAUAUUAGACGGAUUAUUGAAGAGAGGGUCGUUAAAAUGGCCGGGAUUUUGUAAGUAAUUACUGUUUACACCUGCAUAUUGAAUUAGGUACUUGCCUUCAUCAAAAAUAAAUUAUUUGGACUGUUCAAUACAAUAAGAUAUUUAACAAAUCACACUUUCAUUGAUUGAUUUUAUAACGCAUUUAAUGUUAGUGUUUUUCUAGCAAAUUUUUAUGAAAUAAGUACGCUGUUUGACGCAAAAUAAAAAAUCAUGACGUCACAAUACACAUUCUCGUACAAUAUUCAUGGAAAACUGUCGUUCGAAAAAAGUAUUAAAUUUGAAUUGAAUUGACUGCACGGUUGGCGCGGUGGCUGGGCAACUGGCUGCCGC